GCUCCUCUUCUUGUCUCCUACUUAAUAUAUUCAUGGAGGUGCAUCUGCUGUCUUAUUUAUCCAUUCUUACGCGUUGAAAUUGCUCUCAUGAGUUUCGCGACCGACCGACCGUUAAAAGAUCUAUACACUGCUAGCGAGUUAGCUUCCUCGACGAGUGCGCACUGCGAUUGCGGAGCGGAUACCUUGGUUGUUGUAUUUGCUUGGGUUUAGCGUUGGUUGUUGUUUAUACUCUAUUAUUUAUUUUCUAAUUUCAGAUACCCAUGUCGUCGUCGCCGCCUCAUACCCCCUCGCGCAUUGAAGGAGUCGCUUCGAUGGAGUCGUCUAAGGUGGUGGAUACGAUAGAGAGGAAGGGCUCUGCGCCGCCGCCGCCCACGUCGGAGUCGAAGAAGAACUAUAAGGGUUUUGUGGCGGGGGUGUUCUCUGGGAUUGCGAAGUUGUCUGUCGGGCAUCCAUUCGAUACAGUCAAAGUGCGCCUACAAACAAGCAAAGAUGGCCAUUUCAGAGGCCCGGUAGACUGCGUGCUGCAGACGGUGCGCAAGGAAGGAGUCGCGGGAUUUUACAAGGGUGCUACGCCGCCGCUGGUCGGAUGGAUGGUGAUGGACUCGGUUAUGCUGGGCUCUCUCACGCUGUACCGCCGACUACUCCUGGAGAACGUCUUUUCGAGACCGGAAAUCCGCCGCAUCACCCCGUUCGCCGCAUACCAGAAGGACCCGAGCACACUGCCUAGUUUCGGACACGGAAUCGCGGGUAUCAUGGCUGGGACGACGGUCAGCUUUAUCGCGGCCCCCGUGGAGCAUGUCAAGGCGAGACUGCAGAUCCAGUAUUCGGCGGAUAAGGCAGGGCGGUUGUAUAGUGGGCCGAUUGACUGUACCAAGAAGCUGCUCGGCACGCAUGGAAUAUCCGGGUUGUACCGCGGACUCUCCGCCACGAUUUUAUUCCGCUCCUUCUUCUUCUUCUGGUGGGGUUCAUACGACGUGCUGACUCGGAUGAUGCGCGAGCGCACCAACCUGUCGGCACCAGCCAUCAACUUCUGGGCGGGAGGCGUCUCGGCCCAGAUCUUCUGGAUCACCUCAUACCCGUCGGACGUGGUGAAACAGCGCCUGAUGACGGACCCGAUGGGUGGGGGAUUGAACGACGGACAGCGACAGUUCCGGGGGUGGAAAGAUGCGGCGACCGCUGUAUAUACGGAGCGGGGAUUGAAAGGGUACUGGAGAGGAUUCGUGCCAUGCUUUUUGAGGGCAUUCCCGGCGAAUGCGAUGGCGUUGGUUGCAUUUGAGGGUGUGAUGCGAAUGCUCUCAUUUCGACCCCCGUCGACCAUCGAAACGGCCGCGAUGGCCGUCGCACGCUCGAUGCGACGAACCAGUCCAAUAACGCUGCUCCUCGCGGCCCUCCUCGCCUUCGGCUUCCUGAUCUUCCUCAUCUCCCCCUCUGCCUCCCCACCCUUGGCCGACUCCGUCCACGCCGCGCCCCUCACCGACACCUCCAGCUCCUCGUCGCAACGACGAGUCCAAGACGCCGCCCAGAACCCCCUCUCCCCGCCCACCAAACCCUUCCACAAGGCCCAGCCCAUCCGCGAUGACGGCCAGAGCGCCCCGCCCCCCGUCGUCGAAUACGACCUCAACUCCCUCACGACCACAAGCGACUCCGCCGGCCAGCGCGAGCGCGUCCUCAUCCUCACCCCACUAGCCCGCUUCUACGAAGCCUUCUGGGACAACCUCGUCCGCCUCGACUACCCGCACGAGCUCAUCUCGCUGGGCUUCAUCGCGCCGCACACCGCCGAAGGCAACUCCGCAGUCGCCUCCCUCGAAGCAGCCAUCAGCAAGACGCAGUCCGGCCCGAUCAAGAACCGCUUCGCCAGCAUCAGCAUCCUCCGCCAGGACUUCGACCCGCCGCUGCAGUCGCAGGACGAAAAAGAGCGGCACAAGAUGUCCGCCCAGAAAGCCCGGCGCGAGUCCAUGAGCCGCGCCCGCAACUCCCUCCUCUUCACGACCCUCGGCCCCAGCACCUCCUGGGUCCUCUGGCUCGACGCCGACAUCAUCGAGACCCCCCGCUCCCUCAUCCAGGACCUCUCCUCCCACAGCCUCCCCGUCAUCGUACCAAACUGCUUCCAACGCUACUACAACACGGAGAAAAAGGCCAUGGACGUCCGUCCCUACGACUUCAACUCCUGGAUCGAUAGCCCCACCGCGCAGGAACUAGCCGACACCAUGGACCCGGAGGAAAUCCUGCUGGAAGGAUACGCUGAGCUCCCGACCUACCGCUCGCUCAUGGCCUACAUGGCGGACCUCUCCUCCCCUAACCCCCGUCGUGUCGUCGACCUCGACGGCGUGGGCGGUACCGCUCUCAUGGUCAAGGCCGACGUCCACCGCGACGGCGCCAUGUUCCCGCCUUUUCCGUUCUAUCAUCUUGUGGAGACGGAGGGGUUCGCGCGGAUGUCGCAGCGGUUGGGGUAUACUGUGCACGGGUUGCCUGAUUAUUUCGUCUACCACUACAACGAAUAGAUUCAACACUACAUGUGACGAGUAAUUUCCACAUCCCUAAUCUCAUUUCUUUUUUCUCUUCUGUCCUACACUUCUUUCAACACUUAUCAUGCGUUUUGUGUGUUGUCUGGCAGGGGCGUUCUCGGUUGCGUCAUUGAUUUUCACUAUCUAUUUAUCUACUAUUUAUCUAUCCACCUAUCACAUGUAUCUUGGUUAGGCCUGACUGAGCUAGAUCUAGAUCUAGUUCUAGGUUACGGGCCAGAAAUAAAUACAAAUAUCUUUAC